GAGAAUUCCCUUUCUUCACUUCAUAGUUCACACCAAUAACAAGAAAUCUAUUUCCCUUCUUAUCAAGAAAAUGUGUCCUUUGAUAUAUUCAUGGAAUUACUUAGCUAUUACAGCAACUUGCUUCUCGCACUCAUUUGAAGAUGAAGGACAAGCUAGGAAUAAAAAAUACAUAUAGCUUUCUUACAAUAUGUGCAUGAGUACAGAUUCUCACUUUGCAUUAACGUCAUUGUUGAGAAUAUGUAGCCAUUUAAGUUCUCUAUCUUUCUUUCUGAAUUUAAAAGGGAAGAUACAGAUAUGGAAACCUAAACAACUCUAGAACUUGAGCUUCCCAUUUCUUUGCCUGGAGCUGACGAUGUCGACCAAGCAGUCUUUCAGGGUAUGCUUCUGUUUCAGAAGAAUAUUCAAGCUCAGGGUGCUUGAGCCUCCUAGAGAUGUCAAAAACUUGUUCGAUCAAUACUCACAGAAUGGCACCAUGAGUCUGGACGACCUGCUCAGGUUUCUGAUUGAAUUUCAAGGGGAAGAAAACGCCACAAAGAAUGAUGCGCAAGCCAUCUUCAAUAGCCUCAAGCAUCUCAACAUCUUCCAAAGAAGAGGUCUCCAGUUGGAAGCCUUCUUCCGAUAUCUCAUGAGCGAUCUCAAUGCUGCUCUCUCUCCAUCCACUGGGGUGCACCAGGACAUGAAUGCUCCACUGGCUCAUUAUUUCAUGUUCACAGGCCAUAACUCCUACUUGACUGGAAAUCAACUCAGCAGUGACAGCAGUGUUGAACCCAUCAUAAAUGCUCUAAAAAGAGGUGUGAGAGUAAUUGAGUUGGAUUUAUGGCCAAAUUCCAAAAAAGACGAUGUUGAAGUUCGCCAUGGAGGGACACUCACUUCCCCAGUAGACCUCGCCAAGUGUUUACUUGCCAUUAAAGAAAAUGCCUUCUGUGCAUCUGAAUAUCCUGUUGUGAUAACUUUUGAGGACCAUUUAACUCCAGAUCUUCAGUCCAAGGUAGCCAAGAUGAUCAUUAAAACAUUUGGAGACAUGUUGUUCUGUCUCAAAUCAGAUCAAAUGAAAGAAUUUCCUUCACCUGAAUCAUUGAAGAAAAGAGUUAUGAUAUCCACUAAACCACCGAAAGAGUAUCUUGAAACUAAGAAUAGCAAGGAAAAUGAGUCAAGGAAACCAUCAAAGAAAGAUUACCGUGAGGAUGAGAACGAUAAGGACCUCCCACAUCAGGAAGAACACAUUCCAGAUGAAGAUGAAGAGAAGACAGUUCCUGAAUACAGGAAUUUAAUUGCCAUUCAUGCAGGGAAGCUGAAAGGUUCAUUAGAAAACUGGUUACACAUUGAUUCAGACAAAGUUAGACGUCUCAGCUUGAGUGAGCAAGAACUUGAAAAUGCUGCGAGAACAAAUGGAACCGAUAUUGUCAGGUUUACUCAGCGAAAUUUGCUGCGGGUAUACCCAAAAGGGGUUCGUCUUGAUUCCUCCAAUUACAAUCCUCAUGUUGGUUGGAUGCAUGGAGCUCAGAUGGUUGCAUUCAAUAUGCAGGGCUAUGGGAAACACCUCUGGGUUAUGCAGGGGAUGUUUAAAGCCAAUGGUGGGUGUGGUUAUGUGAGAAAACCUGAUUUCUUAUUGCAACUUGGGCCAAAUAACAAGGUUUUUGAUCCCACAGAGAAAUUACCUGUAAAAACAAUUUUGCAGGUGAAAGUAUUCAUGGGUGAGGGGUGGGAUUUGGACUUUCGUCGAACACAUUUUGAUCUAUAUUCCCCACCAGACUUCUUUGUCAAACUUGCAAUAGCUGGAGCCCCAGAAGAUAAAGCUAAGAAGAAAACAAGGGUAAUAGAAGAUGACUGGCUACCAGAAUGGAAUGAGAUGUUCCAGUUCCCACUGACUGUUCCUGAAUUGGCAGUGCUCAGGAUUGAAGUCAUUGAGUAUGACACAUCAGGAAACCAUGACUUUGGAGGCCAAACAUGCUAUCCUGUAUCAGAAUUAAGAACUGGGAUUCGAUCAGUUCCAUUAUACAGUCGUAGAGGAGAAUUAUACAAGAAUGUAAAGCUCCUGAUGCAAUUUGAAUUUGCUUGAUCCUAAUGUAAUACCAUAUGAUCUUUCAUGUUGCA